CAAUUCUCGCGAUAUUCCCGCCCGGCGGUUGCUACGAGCGACGCGAGUUCUCGCGAGACUCCCGGACGAUGGCGGAGGAGGCGGCGGCCAAGAUGGCGGAGGCGGCGGCGGCGCUGCUGGAGCGGGCGGCGCGGCGGGACGCGGCGCUGGAGGAGCUGCGGGCGCUGCGCCUCGCCCUGCAGGCCGUGCCGCCCGCCGCCCUCCGCGCCCAACUCGGCGAGCACCACCUGGCGGCUCUCUUCGGCCUCCUGGCCGUCAGUGACCGCGAACAGGUGUCGGCGUGUGUUGCCAUCCUGGAGAGACUCCUGCCGGCCCUGGAGCCGCUGUACGUGAUCCAGAACCUCCGGGAGGAGCUGCAGAAGGGCCUGUUCCACCCCGAGGACUCCGUGAAGGUGCUCGCCAUGUCCCAGGUUGGGAGGAUUGUUGAAGACUCAGCUGCUGUCACAGAAAUUCUCCACAGCCCCGAGCUGUUACAGCAAAUCAUAAACUGCAUUGGUGGGGAGAAAAUAGCAGUGGCCAAAGAGGCCAUUAAAUCUCUGUCAAGAAUAGCCCAGAGCCAGGAGGGUUUGGAGGCUCUGUUUGGGAGCAGUUUGCUGGGCGACCUGAGGAAUGUCAUGGCCACGAGUGACGUCGUUCGGUACAGGGUCUAUGAGUUAAUUGUGGAGAUUUCAUCGGUGUCAGCAGAGUCUCUGAAUUACUGUGCCAGCAGUGGGUUAAUCCCUGAGUUGAUUGGGGAGCUGACUGGAGAGGAUGUGCUGGUCAGAGCCACGUGCAUAGAGAUGGUGACCUCGCUGGCCCACACCCCCCACGGGCGGCAGUACCUGGCUCAGCAAGGAGUCAUUGACAAAAUCUCCAACAUCAUCCUGGGGGCAGAGUCUGAUCCCUUCUCCAGCUUCUAUCUGCCAGGAUUUGUUAAAUUUUUUGGCAAUCUGGCUGUGGUGGACAGUCCCCAGCAGAUCUGUGAGCGCUACCCUGUGUUUAUGGAAAAAGUCUUUGAAAUGGCAGAAAGUCAGGAUCCAACCAUGAUUGGAGUGGCUGUGGACACUCUGGGAAUCCUGGGAUCAAAUGUGGAAGGCAAACAGGUUUUACAGAAAACUAGAAGUAGAUUUCAAAAUCUCUUAAGCAAAAUAGGGCACCAGGCCAAGAAUGCCCCCACUGAGCUACGGCUUCGGUGCUUGGAUGCAAUUUCAUCUCUCCUUUACUUGCCUCCAGAGCAGCAGACAGAAGACCUUUUAAGAAUGACUGAAUCCUGGUUCACAUCCCUGUCCAGCCAGCCCCUGGAGCUGUUCAGGAGCAUCAGUACUCAGCCCUUCCCUGAUCUCCACUGUGGGGCUUUACGGGUCUUCACCGCCAUUGCAAACCAACCAUGGGCCCAGAAGCUGAUGCUGAACAGCCCAGGCUUUGUGGAGUAUGUUGUGGACAGAUCUGUGGAGCCUGACAAAGCUUCAAAGGAUGCUAAAUACGAACUGGUGAAGGCCCUGGUGAACUCCAAAACCAUUGCAGAGAUCUUUGGCAAUCAGUACUACCUGAGGCUCAGGGCUUACCUGCAUGAGGGCCCCUAUUAUGUUAAGGCAGUUUCUACUACAGCUGUGGAAGGAGCAGAAUAAUGUCCUUGGUGUCUGGGGUCCCCCUCUUGCAGAGCACAGUCCUGGCACAGGUGUUGAGCUACAAGGUGUAAAAACUCUCCACACUGGAGGUUGUCUCUUUUUGAAGGAAUGUGAAGAUAUUUUGGCUCUAUUUGAAAUGAGUCAGGAGGGCAAAUUAAAGGCUGUUUGGUAUUUCCCCCCUAAAAUGUCAUGGCAGGAGUUUCCUGUGUGCUUCAUGAGACAGGUAACCCAGGUGAGCACUUAGCAGCUGCUGACUGUGUUUUGUUUGGCAGAAUUUGUCAGUGUUUGUGUAAAUUGUUCUUUGGUUUGGAGUUUCUGUUGUGUUUUCUCAGUAGGUUACAGCUCAGUUUAAACAAAACCACCAAAACACCUCAAGGUUUGUAACCUCAGAUGCUGCCAUAAUUUCUGUUCUUUUUUAAUUCAUUUUUUUUACCUGCCAGAGUUGGCACUUGCAUGGAACACUCUUUGUUCUGUCAGAAUCUUGUUGCUGAAUAAGUCAGUGACACUGUCCACAUGAGGGAGUAUGGACUGGAUUCUCUUGUUUUCAACCUGCUGGAUGUGAGUCUUGCUGGAAUAAAUAAUCCUAAAUAUUGUUUACAUUUUCUGCUGAGGAUUUAAAAAAAAAAAAAAAAGAGUUUUUAGCCCUUAUAAAAACAAAUCAAUGCACUCUGUAGGGAUCAAACCCACCUGGGAGCUUUGUCUCCCUUGUUGGCUGUGCUGUGGGGUGGCAGCUCAGUUUAGUGGCUGGAGCACUACAAACUACUUCAGAACCAAAUCUUGAAUUGUUUACACUAUUUUUUAACAGAGAUAACAAUUUUUUAGAGUGUUAUUUAAAGAAAUGUGGUAUUUUAGUUGCCUGAGUUAGACUAAAAGGAACUCUUGUGUUGAAGGGAGUGACUGAAGUGGCAGUAUGGAAAUGCGGCAUCUCAGGAAGUUGGAAUCUUAUUUUGAAGAUGUCAGAACUGUGGGAGAGACUCAGGAGUGGCUGGGCACUCCAGAGACAUGUGACAUGUCCUUGUG